AUGCAGUGGUUGAGAGCAUUCAUUUGCUUGUGUGCACUCAGCAUUCUGAGUGUUUACGCACACAGUUAUGACACAUCCAAUGGUGAUUAUGAAUAUGAAUAUGAAGAGGAAGAAGACGAUGCACAAGCGGCAGCUUCGGAGCUUGACGAAGAAGAGGUGAUCAGCACAUCAGUAGGUGGUGUCACCACUACCAUCGAAGAGAAAUUAACUGAAAACGAAGCAGCAGUCAGCCGACGUCGCUCCAAGAAAUCCAAGAGAGGAAAACGCAACUACUACCCUCUGCCAGCAUCCACUGGUGAUUAUGAAUAUGAAUAUGAAGAGGAAGAAGACGAUGCACAAGCGGCAGCUUCGGAGCUUGACGAAGAAGAGGUGAUCAGCACAUCAGUAGGUGGUGUCACCACUACCAUCGAAGAGAAAUUAACUGAAAACGAAUCAGCAGCCAGCCGACGUCACUCCAAGAAAUCCAAGAAAGGAAAACGCAACUACUACCCUCUUCCAGCAUCCACUGGUGACUAUGAAUAUGAAGAGGAAGAUGAUGAAGAAGUGGCAGCUCCGGAGCUUGACGAAGAAGAGGUGACCAGCACUUCAGUAGGUGGUGUCACCACUACCAUCGAAAAGAAAUUAACAGAAAACGAAGCAGCAUCCAGUCGGCAUCACUCCAAGAAAUCCAAGAAAGGAAAACGCAACUACUACCCUCUGCCAGAUGAUGGAAACAAAACAUAUGAUAUUGUAGCCUUAAAAAGACUUGAUGAUAAUGGAGAACCUAUAGUCACUUUGGCAAUGGUACCCCAUGGUACGAUCCCAGAAAAUAUUAUUACAUCUACAGGUAAUGAUCCAGAUUAUGAGUACGACGAUGAAGAUUAUCCGACACCAAUUAUUCCACCACCGCUACCGCCGAUCAGUCCACCGUGGAUACCGCCUCCGUCAUCUGGACUUCCAGGUCAACCACCUCAGCUCCCAUGGCAACCAUGGCAAUGGCCAUUCUACCCGUGGGGCCACUCAUGGGGAGGUGAAUCAUCAUCGAGUAGUAGGGAAUCCAAAUCCCAUCAUCACCAUCAUAGGAAACAUCAUCAUAAUAAGCAACAAUACCCGCAACCGCCGAUCUAUCCAUCAUACCCGCCGUUCCCGCAAUAUCCUGGACAAAAUCUACAACAACCGCAGUGGCCACAAAAUCCACAACUCCAGUGGCCGCAGCAACCGCAGUGGCCGCAGCAGCCUCAGCCAGGACAUCAACAUCGUCCUGGACACCAACAACCACCACCUGAGCCGCAACAACCACAGGAGCCACAGGAACCGCAACAACCACAGGAGCCACAGCAACCGCAGCAUCCGCAACUGCCACAACCUCCACAGCAACCAGGUAAGGGACCAGGAAGUGGACCACACAAACCGCACCGGCAACAUGGUCAACCCAGACCUCAUCGUCCAAGACAUCCACAUCAUCCUGGACACCAACAACCACCACAGGAGCCACAAAAACCACAAGGGCCGCAACAACCACAGGGGCCGAAACAACCACAGGAGCCGCAACAACCACAGGGGCCGAAACAACCACAGGCGCCGAAACAACCACAAGGGCCGAAACAACCACAGGGGCCGAAACAACCACAGGAGCCGCAACAACCACAGGAGCCACAGGAACCGCAACAACCACAGGAGCCACAGCAACCAGGUAAGGGACCAGGAAGUGGACCACACAAACCGCACCGGCAACAUGGUCAACCCAGACCUCAUCGUCCAAGACAUCCACAUCAUCCUGGACACCAACAACCACCACAGGAGCCACAAAAACCACAAGGGCCGCAACAACCACAGGGGCCGAAACAACCACAGGAGCCGCAACAACCACAGGGGCCGAAACAACCACAGGCGCCGAAACAACCACAAGGGCCGAAACAACCACAGGGGCCGAAACAACCACAGGAGCCGCAACAACCACAGGAGCCACAGGAACCGCAACAACCACAGGAGCCACAGCAACCAGAUAAGGGAACAGGAAGUGGACCUCACAAACCGCACCACCACCAUGGUCAACACAGACCUCAUCGUCCAAGACAUCCAUAUCAUCCAGGACACCAGAAACCACCACAGGAGCCGCAACAACCACAGGGGCCGCAACAACCACAGGGGCCGCAACAACCACAGGAGCCGCAACAACCACAGGGGCCGAAACAACCACAGGAGCCGCAACAACCACAGGGGCCGAAACAACCACACGGGCCGCAACAACCACAGGAGCCACAGGAACCGCAACAACCACGGGAGCCACAGCAACCGCAGCAUCCGCAACUGCCACAACCUCCACAGCAACCAGGUAAGGGAACAGGAAGUGGACCUCACAAACCGCACCACCACCAUGGUCAACAAAGACCUCAUCGUCCAAGACAUCCAUAUCAUCCUCGACACCAGAAACCACCACAGGAGCCGCAACAACCUCAGGGGCCGCAACAACCACAGGGGCCGAAACAACCACAGGAGCCGCAACAACCACAGGGGCCGAAACAACCACACUUGCCGCAACAACCACAGGGGCCGAAACAACCACAGGAGCCGCAACAACCACAGGAGCCGCAACAACCACAGGAGCCACAGGAACCGCAACAACCACAGGAGCCACAGCAACCGCAGCAUCCGCAACUGCCACAACCUCCACAGCAACCAGGCAAGGGACCAGGAAGGCAACAUGGUCAACCCAGACCUCAUCGUCCAAGACAUCCACAUCAUCCUGGACACCAACAACCACCACAGGAGCCGCAAAAACCACAGGGGCCGCGACAACCACAGGGGCCGAAACAACCACAGGAGCCGCAACAACCACAGGCACCGAAACAACCACAGGAGCCGCAACAACCACAGGGGCCGAAACAACCACUAGGGCCGAAACAACCUCAGGAGCCGCAACAACCACAGGGGCCGAAACAACCACAGGAGCCGCAACAACCACAGGAGCCACAGCAUCCAGGUAAGGGAACAGGAAGUGGACCUCACAAACCGCACCGGCACCAUGGUCAACCGAGACCUCAUCGUCCAAGACAUCCACAUCAUCCUGGACACCAAAAACCACCACAGGAGCCCCAACAACCACAGGGGCCACAACAACCACAGGGGCCGAAACAACCACAGGAGCCGCAACAACCACAGGGGCCGAAACAACCACAGGAGCCGCAACAACCACAGGGGCCGAAACAACCACAGGAGCCGCAACAACCACAGGGGCCGAAACAACCACACGGGCCGCAACAACCACAGGGUCCGAAACAACCACAGGAGCCGCAACAACCACAGGAGCCACAGGAACCGCAACAACCACAGGAGCCACAGGAACCGCAACAACCACAGGAGCCACAUCAACCGCAGCAUCCGCAACUGCCACAACCUCCACAGCAACCAGGUAAGGGAACAGGAAGUGGACCUCACAAACCGCACCACCACCAUGGUCAACACAGACCUCAUCGUCCAAGACAUCCAUAUCAUCCUGGACACCAGAAACCACCACAGGAGCCGCGACAACCACAGAGGCCGAAACAACCACAGGAGCCACAAAAACCACAGAGGCCGAAACAACCACAGGAGCCGCAACAACCACAGGGGCCGAAACAACCACAGGAGCCACGACAACCACUGAGGCCGAAACAACCACAGGGGCCGAAACAACCACUGAGGCCGAAACAACCACAGGGGCCGAAACAACCACAGGAACCGCAACAACCAAAGGGGCCGAAACAACCACAGGAGCCGCAACAACCACAGGGGCCGAAACAACCACAGGAGCCGCAACAACCACUGGGGCCGAAACAACCACAGGAGCCGCAACAACCGAAGGGGCCGAAACAACCACAGGAGCCGCGACAACCACAGAGGCCGAAACAACCACGGGGGCCGAAACAACCACAGGAGCCGCAACAACCACAGGGUCCGAAACAACCACAGGAGCCGCAACAACCACAGGGGCCGACACAACCACAGGAGCCACAACAACCACAGGGGCCGAAACAACCACGGGAGCCGCGACAACCACAGGGGCCGAAACAACCACAGGGGCCGAAACAACCACAGGAGCCGCAACAACCACAGGGUCCGAAACAACCACAGGAGCCGCAACAACCACAGGGGCCGAAACAACCACAGGGGCCGAAACAACCACAGGGGCCGAAACAACCACAGGAGCCGCAACAAUCACAGGGGCCGAAACAACCACAGGAGCCGCGACAUCCACAGAGGCCGAAACAACCACAGGAGCCACGACAACCACUGAGGCCAAAACAACCAAAGGGGCCGAAACAACCACAGGAACCGCAACAACCAAAGGGGCCGAAACAACCACAGGAGCCGCAACAACCACAGGGGCCGAAACAACCACAGGAGCCGCAACAACCACUGGGGCCGAAACAACCACAGGAGCCGCAACAACCGAAGGGGCCAAAACAACCACAGGAGCCGCGACAACCACAGAGGCCGAAACAACCACAGGAGCCGCAACAACCACAGGGGCCGAAACAACCACAGGAGCCGCGACAACCACAGAGGCCGAAACAACCACAGGAGCCACAACAACCACAGAGGCCGAAACAACCACAGGAGCCGCACCAACCACAGGGGCCGAAACAACCACAGGAGCCGCGACAACCACAGAGGCCGAAACAACCACAGGAGCCACGACAACCACUGAGGCCGAAACAACCACAGGGGCCGAAACAACCACAGGAACCGCAACAACCAAAGGGGCCGAAACAACCACAGGAGCCGCAACAACCACAGGGGCCGAAACAACCACAGGAGCCGCAACAACCACUGGAGCCGAAACAACCACAGGAGCCGCAACAACCACAGGGGCCGAAACAACCACAGGAGCCGCAACAACCACUGGGGCCGAAACAACCACAGGAGCCGCAACAACCGAAGGGGCUAAAACAACCACAGGAGCCGCGACAACCACAGAGGCCGAAACAACCACAGGAGCCGCAACAACCACAGGGGCCGAAACAACCACAGGAGCCGCGACAACCACAGAGGCCGAAACAACCACAGGAGCCACAACAACCACAGAGGCCGAAACAACCACAGGAGCCGCACCAACCACAGGGGCCGAAACAACCACAGGAGCCGCGACAACCACAGAGGCCGAAACAACCACAGGAGCCACGACAACCACUGAGGCCGAAACAACCACAGGGGCCGAAACAACCACAGGAACCGCAACAACCAAAGGGGCCGAAACAACCACAGGAGCCGCAACAACCACAGGGGCCGAAACAACCACAGGAGCCGCAACAACCACUGGAGCCGAAACAACCACAGGAGCCGCAACAACCGAAGGGGCCAAAACAACCACAGGAGCCGCGACAACCACAGAGGCCGAAACAACCACGGGGGCCGAAACAACCACAGGAGCCGCAACAACCACAGGGUCCGAAACAACCACAGGGGCCGAAACAACCACAGGAGCCGCAACAACCACAGGGGCCGAAACAACCACAGGAGCCGCAACAACCACAGGGGCCGACACAACCACAGGAGCCACAACAACCACAGGGGCCGAAACAACCACGGGAGCCGCGACAACCACAGGGGCCGAAACAACCACAGGGGCCGAAACAACCACAGGAGCCGCAACAACCACAGGGGCCGAAACAACCACAGGAGCCACCGCAACUGCCACAACCUCCACAGCAACCAGGUAAGGGAACAGGUAGUAGACCUCACAAACCACACCACCACCAUGGUCAACACAGACCUCAUCGUCCAAGACAUCCAUAUCAUCCUGGACACCAGAAACCACCACAGGAGCCACAACAACCACAGAGGCCGAAACAACCACAAGAGCCGCAACAACCACAGGGGCCGAAACAACCACAGGAGCCGCGACAACCACAGAGGCCGAAACAACCACAGGAGCCACAACAACCACAGAGGCCGAAACAACCACAGGAGCCGCAACAACCACAGGGGCCGAAACAACCACAGGAGCCGCGACAUCCACAGAGGCCGAAACAACCACAGGAGCCACGACAACCACUGAGGCCGAAACAACCAAAGGGGCCGAAACAACCACAGGAACCGCAACAACCAAAGGGGCCGAAACAACCACAGGAGCCGCAACAACCACAGGGGCCGAAACAACCACAGGAGCCACAACAACCACAGAGGCCGAAACAACCACAGGAGCCGCAACAACCACAGGGGCCGAAACAACCACAGGAGCCGCGACAACCACUGAGGCCGAAACAACCACGGGGGCCGAAACAACCACAGGAGCCGCAACAACCACAGGGUCCGAAACAACCACAGGAGCUGCAACAACCACAGGGGCCGAAACAACCACAGGAGCCGAAACAACCACAGGAGCCGAAACAACCACAGGAGCCGCAACAACCACAGGAGCCGCGACAACCACAGAGGCCGAAACAACCACGGGGGCCGAAACAACCACAGGAGCCGCAACAACCACAGGGGCCGAAACAACCACAGGAGCCGCGACAACCACAGAGGCCGAAACAACCACAGGAGCCACAACAACCACAGAGGCCGAAACAACCACAGGAGCCGCGACAACCACAGAGGCCGAAACAACCACAGGAGCCGCGACAACCACAGAGGCCGAAACAACCACAGGAGCCACGACAACCACUGAGGCCGAAACAACCACAGGGGCCGAAACAACCACAGGAACCGCAACAACCAAAGGGGCCGAAACAACCACAGGAGCCGAAACAACCACAGGAGCCGCAACAACCACAGGGGCCGAAACAACCACAGGAGCCGCAACAACCACUGGGGCCGAAACAACCACGGGGGCCGAAACAACCACAGGAGCCGCAACAACCACAGGGUCCGAAACAACCACAGGGGCCGAAACAACCACAGGAGCCGCAACAACCACAGGGGCCGAAACAACCACGGGAGCCGCGACAACCACAGGGGCCGAAACAUCCACAGGGGCCGAAACAACCACAGGAGCCGCAACAACCACAGGGUCCGAAACAACCACAGGAGCCGCAACAACCACAGGGGCCGAAACAACCACAGAGGCCGAAACAACCACAGGAGCCACGAAAACCACAGAGGCCGAAACAACCACAGGGGCCGAAACAACCACAGGAGCCGCAACAACCACAGGUGCCGAAACAACCACAGAAGCCGCAACAACCACAGGGGCCGAAACAACCACAGGAGCCGCAACAACCACAGGGGCCGAAACAACCACAGGAGCCGCAACAACCACAGGGGCCGAAACAACCACAGGAGCCACAGCAACCGCAGCCUCCGCAACUGCCACAACCUCCACAGCAACCAGGUAAGGGACCAGGAUGUGGACCACAAAAACCCCACCGGCAACAUGGUCAACCCAGACCUCAUCGUCCAAGACAUCCACAUCAUCCUGGAUACCAACAACCACCACAGGAGCCGCAACAACCACAGGGGCCGCAACAACCACAGGGUCCGAAACAACCACAGGAGCCACAACAACCACAGAGGCCGAAACAACCACAGGAGCCGCAACAACCACAGGGGCCGAAACAACCACAGGAGCCGCGACAACCACAGAGGCCGAAACAACCCCAGGAGCCACAACAACCACAGAGGCCGAAACAACCACAGGAGCCGCAACAACCACAGGGGCCGAAACAACCACAGGAGCCGCGACAACCACUGAGGCCGAAACAACCACGGGGGCCGAAACAACCACAGGAGCCGCAACAACCACAGGGUCCGAAACAACCACAGGAGCUGCAACAACCACAGGGGCCGAAACAACCACAGGAGCCGAAACAACCACAGGAGCCGAAACAACCACAGGAGCCGCAACAACCACAGGAGCCGCGACAACCACAGAGGCCGAAACAACCACGGGGGCCGAAACAACCACAGGAGCCGCAACAACCACAGGGUCCGAAACAACCACAGGAGCCGCAACAACCACAGGGGCCGCAACAACCACAGGGGCCGAAACAACCACAGGAGCCGCGACAACCACAGAGGCCGAAACAACCACAGGGUCCGAAACAACCACAGGAGCCGCAACAACCACAGGGUCCGAAACAACCACAGGGUCCGAAACAACCACAGGGGCCGAAACAACCACAGGAGCCGCGACAACCACAGAGGCCGAAACAACCACAGGGUCCGAAACAACCACAGGGGCCGAAACAACCACAGGAGCCGCGACAACCUAAGGGGCCGAAACAACCACAGGAGCCGCAACAACCACAGGAGCCGCGACAACCACAGGGUCCGAAACAACCACAGGGUCCGAAACAACCACAGGAGCCGCAACAACCAAAGGGGCCGAAACAACCACAGGAGCCUCAACAACCACAGGGGCCAAAACAACCACAGGAGCCGCAACAACCACAGGGGCCGAAACAACCACAGGAGCCGCGACAACCACUGAGGCCGAAACAACCACGGGGGCCGAAACAACCACAGGAGCCGCAACAACCACAGGGUCCGAAACAACCACAGGAGCCGCAACAACCACAGGGGCCGAAACAACCACAGGAGCCGAAACAACCACAGGAGCCGCAACAACCACAGGGUCCGAAACAACCACAGGAGCCGCAACAACCACAGGGGCCGAAACAACCACAGGAGCCGCAACAACCACAGGAGCCGCGACAACCACAGAGGCCGAAACAACCACGGGGUCCGAAACAACCACAGGAGCCGCAACAACCACAGGGGCCGCAACAACCACAGGGGCCGAAACAACCACAGGAGCCGCGACAACCACAGAGGCCGAAACAACCACAGGGGCCGAAACAACCACAGGAGCCGCAACAACCACAGGGUCCGAAACAACCACAGGAGCCGCAACAACCACAGGGGCCGAAACAACCACAGGAGCCGCGACAACCACAGGGUCCGAAACAACCACAGGAGCCGCAACAACCACAGGGGCCGAAACAACCACAGGAGCCGCAACAACCACAGGAGCCGCGACAACCACAGGGUCCGAAACAACCACAGGGUCCGAAACAACCACAGGAGCCGCGACAACCACAGAGGCCGAAACAACCCCAGGAGCCACAACAACCACAGGAGCCGCAACAACCACAGGGGCCGAAACAACCACAGGAGCCGCGACAACCACUGAGGCCGAAACAACCACGGGGGCCGAAACAACCACAGGAGCCGCAACAACCACAGGGUCCGAAACAACCACAGGAGCUGCAACAACCACAGGGGCCGAAACAACCACAGGAGCCGAAACAACCACAGGAGCCGAAACAACCACAGGAGCCGCAACAACCACAGGAGCCGCGACAACCACAGAGGCCGAAACAACCACGGGGGCCGAAACAACCACAGGAGCCGCAACAACCACAGGGUCCGAAACAACCACAGGAGCCGCAACAACCACAGGGGCCGCAACAACCACAGGGGCCGAAACAACCACAGGAGCCGCAACAACCACAGGAGCCGCGACAACCACAGAGGCCGAAACAACCACGGGGGCCGAAACAACCACAGGAGCCGCAACAACCACAGGGUCCGAAACAACCACAGGAGCCGCAACAACCACAGGGGCCGCAACAACCACAGGGGCCGAAACAACCACAGGAGCCGCGACAACCACAGAGGCCGAAACAACCACAGGGUCCGAAACAACCACAGGAGCCGCAACAACCACAGGGUCCGAAACAACCACAGGGUCCGAAACAACCACAGGGGCCGAAACAACCACAGGAGCCGCGACAACCACAGAGGCCGAAACAACCACAGGGUCCGAAACAACCACAGGGGCCGAAACAACCACAGGAGCCGCGACAACCUAAGGGGCCGAAACAACCACAGGAGCCGCAACAACCACAGGAGCCGCGACAACCACAGGGUCCGAAACAACCACAGGGUCCGAAACAACCACAGGAGCCGCAACAACCAAAGGGGCCGAAACAACCACAGGAGCCUCAACAACCACAGGGGCCAAAACAACCACAGGAGCCGCAACAACCACAGGGGCCGAAACAACCACAGGAGCCGCGACAACCACUGAGGCCGAAACAACCACGGGGGCCGAAACAACCACAGGAGCCGCAACAACCACAGGGUCCGAAACAACCACAGGAGCCGCAACAACCACAGGGGCCGAAACAACCACAGGAGCCGAAACAACCACAGGAGCCGCAACAACCACAGGGUCCGAAACAACCACAGGAGCCGCAACAACCACAGGGGCCGAAACAACCACAGGAGCCGCAACAACCACAGGAGCCGCGACAACCACAGAGGCCGAAACAACCACGGGGUCCGAAACAACCACAGGAGCCGCAACAACCACAGGGGCCGCAACAACCACAGGGGCCGAAACAACCACAGGAGCCGCGACAACCACAGAGGCCGAAACAACCACAGGGGCCGAAACAACCACAGGAGCCGCAACAACCACAGGGUCCGAAACAACCACAGGAGCCGCAACAACCACAGGGGCCGAAACAACCACAGGAGCCGCGACAACCACAGGGUCCGAAACAACCACAGGAGCCGCAACAACCACAGGGGCCGAAACAACCACAGGAGCCGCAACAACCACAGGAGCCGCGACAACCACAGGGUCCGAAACAACCACAGGGUCCGAAACAACCACAGGAGCCGCGACAACCACAGAGGCCGAAACAACCCCAGGAGCCACAACAACCACAGGAGCCGCAACAACCACAGGGGCCGAAACAACCACAGGAGCCGCGACAACCACUGAGGCCGAAACAACCACGGGGGCCGAAACAACCACAGGAGCCGCAACAACCACAGGGUCCGAAACAACCACAGGAGCUGCAACAACCACAGGGGCCGAAACAACCACAGGAGCCGAAACAACCACAGGAGCCGAAACAACCACAGGAGCCGCAACAACCACAGGAGCCGCGACAACCACAGAGGCCGAAACAACCACGGGGGCCGAAACAACCACAGGAGCCGCAACAACCACAGGGUCCGAAACAACCACAGGAGCCGCAACAACCACAGGGGCCGCAACAACCACAGGGGCCGAAACAACCACAGGAGCCGCGACAACCACAGAGGCCGAAACAACCACAGGGUCCGAAACAACCACAGGAGCCGCAACAACCACAGGGUCCGAAACAACCACAGGGUCCGAAACAACCACAGGGGCCGAAACAACCACAGGAGCCGCGACAACCACAGAGGCCGAAACAACCACAGGGUCCGAAACAACCACAGGGGCCGAAACAACCACAGGAGCCGCGACAACCUAAGGGGCCGAAACAACCACAGGAGCCGCAACAACCACAGGAGCCGCGACAACCACAGGGUCCGAAACAACCACAGGGUCCGAAACAACCACAGGAGCCGCAACAACCAAAGGGGCCGAAACAACCACAGGAGCCUCAACAACCACAGGGGCCAAAACAACCACAGGAGCCGCAACAACCACAGGGGCCGAAACAACCACAGGAGCCGCGACAACCACUGAGGCCGAAACAACCACGGGGGCCGAAACAACCACAGGAGCCGCAACAACCACAGGGUCCGAAACAACCACAGGAGCCGCAACAACCACAGGGGCCGAAACAACCACAGGAGCCGAAACAACCACAGGAGCCGCAACAACCACAGGGUCCGAAACAACCACAGGAGCCGCAACAACCACAGGGGCCGAAACAACCACAGGAGCCGCAACAACCACAGGAGCCGCGACAACCACAGAGGCCGAAACAACCACGGGGUCCGAAACAACCACAGGAGCCGCAACCACAGGGGCCGCAACAACCACAGGGGCCGAAACAACCACAGGAGCCGCGACAACCACAGAGGCCGAAACAACCACAGGGGCCGAAACAACCACAGGAGCCGCAACAACCACAGGGUCCGAAACAACCACAGGAGCCGCAACAACAACAGGGGCCGAAACAACCACAGGAGCCGCGACAACCACAGGGUCCGAAACAACCACAGGAGCCGCAACAACCACAGGGGCCGAAACAACCACAGGAGCCGCAACAACCACAGGAGCCGCGACAACCACAGGGUCCGAAACAACCACAGGGUCCGAAACAACCACAGGAGCCGCAACAACCAAAGGGGCCGAAACAACCACAGGAGCCUCAACAACCACAGGGGCCAAAACAACCACAGGAGCCGCAACAACCACAGGAGCCGAAACAACCACAGGAGCCGCAACAACCACAGGGGCCGGAACAACCACAGGAGCCACAGCAACCGCAGCCUCCGCAACUGCCACAACUUCCACGGCAACCAGGUAAGGAACCAGGAAGUGGACCACAUAAGCCGCACCGGCCACAUGGUCCACACAGGCCUCAUCGUCCAGGACAUCCACACCGCCCACAUCGUCCACAUCGGCUAGGUCAUCCACGCUGCCCACAUCAUCCACAUCGCCUUUGUCAUCCACAUCAUCCUGGACAACCACAACAACCGCAAGACCCACAGCAGCCGCAAAAACCACAAAACCCACAACAACCGCAAGACCCACAGCAACCGCAACAGCCACAAAAACCACAAAACCCACAACAACCGCAAAACCCACAGCAACCGCAACAGCCACAAAAACCACAAAACCCACAACAACCGCAAUACCCACAGCAACCGCGGCAGCCACAAAAACCGCAGAAACCACAAAAACCACAUAAAGGAAGAGUUUGUGCAUGCUGGGAAAGCAUAGACAAGGUUCCAGCCAACGUUCGUAAACUAUUGGGGUUCGAUUAAUACAAGGACAGAAGAACUUUAAGAAACG